GACUGCCGGAUGCGCUGAGCCGGGCGCUGCGGGACCGCGGAGCGCGGGGGAGCAGCGGCUGCCUGCGCGGGGUAGGGGGGUGGGGUGGGACGGCGCGCGGUUUCCGGGCUUUGCACGAGGGACUAGGGCGGCGCGGUGCCUUCUACCUUUCUGCAUCCGUCUGCAUAUUUUUCUUUCCUUUAUUUUUUUGUUUGCAAUUUUUAACAUUUUGCAACGCGAGGAGUUCGAGGCAGGUGAGCGCAUCCUGCAGGUCCGCCUUGGCGCGCUCUCGGGGGACUGUCUGCGCUGAGAACCCAAAAGUUUUUUUUUUGUUGUUGUCUGCUUGUUUUAUAUAUUUUUUUCCUGCACAUGUAUUUAUGAAGAUCUAAGUAUCCUUUUUCUUUUCUUGUCUCCGCCGCCUUGAAAACGAGUACUUUUGGCAAGAGGACUGAGGAAAGAGAUCAGAAACAUUUAAGGGGUAGGGGGGAGAGCGCUCUUUUUUUUUUUUAAGAAAAAAAAUCGAGUGCAUCGCGAUGGAUAAAAUGUCCCGACCUCUCCCCCUGAAUCCCACCUUUAUCCCACCUCCCUACGGCGUGCUCAGGUCCUUGCUGGAGAACCCGCUGAAGCUCCCCCUUCAUCACGAAGACGCUUUUAAUAAAGAUAAAGACAAGGAAAAGAAGCUGGAUGAUGAGAGUAAUAGCCCGACGGUCCCCCAGUCAGCUUUCUUGGGACCCACCUUAUGGGACAAAACCCUUCCUUAUGACGGAGAUACUUUCCAGUUGGAAUACAUGGACCUGGAGGAGUUUUUAUCAGAAAAUGGCAUCCCCCCUAGCCCAUCUCAACAUGACCACAGCCCGCACCCUCCCGGGCUACAGCCGGCCCCCUCAGCUGCCCCCUCGGUCAUGGACCUCAGCAGUCGGGCCUCUGCACCCAUUCAUCCUGGCAUCCCAUCCCCGAACUGCUUGCAGAGUCCCAUCCGACCAGGCCAGCUGUUGCCUGCAAAUCGCAACACACCGAGCCCCAUUGAUCCUGACACCAUCCAGGUCCCGGUGGGUUAUGAGCCAGACCCAGCAGAUCUGGCCCUAUCCAGCAUCCCUGGCCAGGAAAUGUUUGACCCUCGCAAACGCAAGUUCUCGGAAGAAGAACUGAAGCCACAGCCCAUGAUUAAGAAGGCUCGCAAAGUCUUUAUCCCUGAUGAUCUGAAGCAGGAUGACAAGUACUGGGCAAGGCGCAGAAAGAACAACAUGGCGGCUAAGCGCUCCCGCGAUGCCCGGAGGCUGAAGGAGAAUCAGAUUGCCAUCCGGGCCUCGUUCCUGGAGAAGGAGAACUCCGCCCUCCGCCAGGAGGUGGCUGACUUGCGGAAGGAGCUGGGCAAAUGCAAGAACAUACUUGCCAAGUAUGAGGCCAGGCACGGGCCACUGUAAGCUGGCAUUUUUGUGGGCUGGCUUUUGAAUAGAUGGACAGCUUGUUUCCUGUCUGAUAGCACCACACCUGAACCAACCUUUCUGACAUCAGCACUUUACCAGAGGCAUAAACACAACUGACUCACAUUUUGGUGUGUGUGUGUGUGUGUGUGUGUGUCUGUGUGUGUGUGUGUGUGUGUGUCUGUGUGUGUGUGUGUGUCUGUGUGUGUGUGUGUGUGUGUGUGUGUACAUGUGCUUGUGCUCAUGUGUAUGGUCUGCAGUAUGUGUGUGUGUAGGUGCAUUCCUUGCACUUACCAUUUUAAGACCGAUCUUUCAUCUUUUAGUCCCUAUAAAGAAAGGUGCCAUGUUUUUACUGGACUAUGGAGACCUUCUAUGGGUUUCUCCCCCCACCCCCACCCCCUACUCCUACCCUUUGAAUGUUGCUUCGUGUUGGUUCUUUGUACUCUUCCAGGACCCUCAUCUUAGGUUCACUAACAAGGACCCUUAUAACAUAGUAGAUCUGUUUUCAACUACGAACUCUUGUUUCUGUUUUAACCUGUAAGUUACCGUGGUAAUUAGGUGCACAAGAUAACUUAUCACUACACUGCAGCUCUAUUCAGUUAUAGGUUGCUUUCCUCAUAUUUUCAGUUCUGGUGAUAAUCGUCUUCAAAUUUAAAAGUGCUGUUUAGAUUUGUUAGGUCCCAUAUUUACUUACUGCUGUUCACUAAGUUUCCUUUUAAUUCCACCAACCACAGAUAAGUAAGAGUACUGUUAUAGAACACAGAGUGUGUUUUUUGCACUGUCUGUACCUAAAGCAAUAAUCCUAUUGUACGCUAGAGCAUGCUGCCUGAGUAUUACUAGUGGACGUAGGAUAUUUUCCUUACCCAAGAAUUUCACCGUCUUUUAAAAAGCAAAAAUUAAAGCAAUGCAUUUGAGCAUGCUCAGAACAUCCCCAGGACAGAGAAGUAGAGGGAACUGACAGAUCUAAGAAGGAGGGGCUAAUUUAUCAGUAUACAAUAAAAAAUGCAUCUCGGAACAGUUUUGGACAUUGAUAUGAUUGGUUUUGUUUCUUCCCUUUCCUAUGCCCAUCUUGCACUUUUUCUAGAUAAAGUUUUCCGUAUCCCUCUUGAUAGUCAAACAAUUCAAUUAAGAUUCAGUUUCCCUUAUUUUUGUAAUAUAUAUAUUUUGUGAAUUAUAUCUUGCUGUUUAAAAUCAGUUAAGUUAAUAAGUUGAUGUUCUGUAAUAUCCUUUUUCCUGGUGGUGUCAUUUUUGAAUGCUUUAUAAAUUAAUGAUUUGGGAGCUUAUGUUUAUUAUUCUCUGUUUGCUUUAGAAUGUACAUGCUAUUAUAAAGUGGAAUUCUGAAAAAAUGAAUGUAAAAGACACUGGUGUAACUCAGAAGGGGAUGGUGUUGUUACAAACUGUGGUUAAUCCAAUCAAUAUAAAUGUUUACUAUAGACCAAAAGGAGAGAUUAUUAAAUUGUUUAAUGUUUAUACAGAGUAAUUAUAGGAAGUUCUUUUUGUACAGUAUUUUUCAGAUAUAAAUACUGACAAUGUAUUUUGGAAGACAUAUAUUAUAUAUAGCAAAGAAAAAAAGGUAGAUUAUUCCAUGUUUUAAAAUCAUAUUGCAAAGAUAUAUAUUCAUCAUUGUUGUACAGAGAAGAAGUGCUUGGGGGGUUUAAAGUCUUUAAAAUUUUAAGCUUAUCACUGAUACAUCAGCAUGUUUUCUGCUUUAAAUUAAAAUUUUAUGACAGCAUCCAGGCUUGUGACGAAUCCUGCUCUAAAACAUCAAAGCUUUCAUAUUUUCUAUUAGGUCUCAGAAAGAAGUCAGUUAAUGUCACCCAAAAGCACAAAAUGAAUGUUAGUCAAAUAUUUAUUGGAUGAUACAGUGUUUUUUAGGAAAAGCAUCUGCCACAAAAAAAUGUUCACUUCAAAAUUACGAGUUCCUGGAAUGGAAUAUCAUCACAAGCACCUCAAACAAUUCUGUUCUCCUCUGUGGACACGUGCAUCAUAUGCAGUGUAAGGUUGAUAUCGGUGCUAUGUGUAUGGCUUAUAACUUGAUAGAUGUUUUGACUUAAAAGAUGAUUGUUCCUUUGUUUUACUAAGCUGUGUAAUGUCAAGAGAUCUUGCUGUUAUUGCAAAGAAACAUUUUGUGCUAGAUUAUUAAAAAUGUCCUUUCAUCAAUGGAA